UCAUUACAACAUCCCUCUCCAAAGCUAUAUUUCGGUACGAAACACAGUAGGGGCUUAAGCUAAUAACGAUAUUUUAUUAGGGUAACGUUAUUUAUAUAAAUCCGUAACGAACACUGAGGUGACUAUACCUCUUAAUUAAAAAUGCUCCAGUCUCUAGCCAGCAAUUCGUGUGUGCGGUUGAUACAGAGUCACAGAUCGACGUGGUAUUUUGCAUCUCUAGUCUUGGGGUAUCUCCUUUAUCUCAUAUUCGGCGCUGUUGUGUUUUCUUCGGUCGAGCUGCCUUAUGAAGACCUCCUGCGCCAGGAGCUAAGGGCCAUUAAAAAACAAUUCCUCCAGGAAAAUGAAUGUCUGUCCGAGGAGCGUCUGGAGCGGUUUCUAAAGAAAGCACUGGAUGCCAGUAAUUACGGGGUUUCCAUCCUCAAUAACGCCUCAGCUAACUGGAACUGGGACUUCACCUCUGCGCUGUUUUUUGCGAGCACCGUGCUGUCCACCACAGGUUAUGGCCACACAGCACCACUGUCAGAUGGCGGGAAGACCUUCUGCAUCAUCUACUCUGUGAUUGGCAUUCCCUUCACCCUCCUCUUCCUCACGGCUGUGGUGCAAAGGAUCAUGGUGUUCAGCACGCGGAGGCCGGUCAUGUACAUCCACACGCGCUGGGGCCUGUCCAAGCCGCUGGUGGCCAUCGUUCAUGCCACUCUGCUCGCCAUGUUGGCCGUCUCUUGCUUCUUCCUCAUCCCCGCCGCUAUCUUCUCAUCGCUGGAGGAGAACUGGAACUUCCUGGAGUCCUUCUACUUCUGCUUCAUAUCCCUCAGCACCAUCGGCCUGGGAGACUAUGUACCUGGAGAGGCAGUUAACCAGAAGUUCAGGGAGCUCUACAAAGUGGGCAUCACCGUCUACCUGAUCCUGGGUUUGAUAGUCAUGCUGGUGGUGCUGGAGACCUUCUGUGAGCUGCAGCAACUUAAGCAGCUGAGGAAGAUGUUCUACCUGAAAAAGGAGAAGCCACAGGACCGCAUCGCUAUUUUGGAGCACGACCACCUGUUCUUCUCUACCGUUUCCAAAAGAGCCACAAGCCAGAAUGAGGACAAAGCCCAUCCGUUUGUUAGUGUCCCAACUCUGGCCUCUCCCAAUGAUGAUCCCAUGAUCCAGUAAACAUCAACAGAGCAAACAUCUAUUGAUGGAAGAAAACAUGAAACUAGGGAGUAAUGCACGCAAGACUGUAAGUAGAUAGAAUGAGUAGGUCAUUGGUCUCAGUUGUAGGCGUUCUGCAAAGCUCAACCCAGCACAUUUUAGUAGUUAAACUAGUUGAGACUAUUCAGAUCAAGCAAACAAUCUCCUUUAGCAAACCACAAUACUGACAAUACAGUGCUAUGCAGCAGGGAUCAAAUUUAUGUACAUUAGUAAGGGAAAAAAUUAAGAAUUUUAACAGUGACUAUAAAGACUAAAUCAGUGAAGCCUUCUACUGUAUUUAUGACUCAGAAGCUGAUCUCCUUUAUGGGCUAUAUUAUUUAUUGCAUAUUUAGGAACAUUUUAGAAAGUAAUUGGUUUUUAAAUCUAGCUGAAAUAUUGGAGACGUCGCUGCAGUUUAUCACAAAAUAGCACAUUGACAUAUAUGUAUCUUAUAAAUAGAGAUGCUUGACAGGUAUGUAGAAUGUACAUAAUCAGGUAAAUGUUUUAAGAUGUACAGACAUCUAGAAUGAACACACCUGUUAAAGAUGAGCCAAGGUGUAGCCAAAACAUAAAAACAACUCAAAUAAUCAGUCAUUUGAGUUCAAAGUUCUUUGGUGGGUAAGCUCUGAAGCGGGGCCUGUUUUUCCAUUGCGUAAUGUGGUUUGCAUGGUUAACUGAAAGAGAUGUUGCGGUCAAUACUGAACAAAGCAUCUGGAAGAAUAGAUGUGAUACAUUUUAUGAACAAUAAGUGGGCUGACUCUCCUGAUCCUGAAAGUACGGCAUAUUUAGCUGUGAAAGUUACAAAACAACAGGCAUUGUUAAAGAAACUGCCAGGAAAGAACAAUUUAUUUUACAGAUGAGAACUUAGUUUUACUGUUUAUGUUUGGUAGCAUUUUUGGCUCAUCUUUAUAGAGACAUGAACUUUUCUGGUCGCACUCCACACUGUCACAUUUCAUUGUGAGGGAAAAUAUUUGUCUGCAGAUUGUAUUGUAAUGUGUAUUUUCUCAACGCCAUCUCAGUACUGCUAUUUCAAAGUUGUGCAUGUGUGAUGAUAAGCACUAUAACUUAUUGAUUUGUCUGAAUGGCUUAAUGUGUGCCGGAUUGUGUGAAAAGGGAAGUGAGGUUAGCCCAGCUUAUAAAGGGAACCACAGAGGGCUGCCUGGCCCCAUUGCAUUUUACUGUUGCUGAAGACAGCUGCGUUUGCACAUUUACUGGAGCCAAGCAGUACUACAGAAAAAAAUAAUAACUGUUUGAAUUCUCUGAGGGAAAAGGGACAUGUUUCCAAAGAUUUCAUCUGUAAAAAGAUAUUUUUAAUGAAUAAGUGACACUUUUGUUGUGGAUGAUAUGUAAAGGCUUGAUAUUGCUCUAAGCAAGAAAAGAUGUUAUGAUGCAAGAUGUUAAUCAGAAACUACUUUACAAUAUUUACAUCAUUUUAACGUAGAAUAUGACAUGAGGAAGGUUUAAACAAUGUUGUUAGUAAUUAAUGAAAUUAAUUCUGUUUUCUUCAAACUGUACAUUAAGGAAACAUGAAACUAUAAAUUAGAAAAGGAGUGCAACCAAAACAUUCAUAUUCUUAUUAUCUACCACAUCAGUUUUUAAUCUGCUCAUUGACCAAUGAUAGCUGACCAUAAUUGGAAUUUAAACCAGUGGAGUGUAUGACAUUGGUAUCGUACUCCUAUGUUAGUUGUUAUUAUUAUUUAAAUAUUUGUACCUGGAGGAAAAGUGCAUAGAAGUUUCAUGCCACUAUCUGUACUCUGAUAUUAGUCAAUUAGACAACCACACAUACAGUAUAGCAUACUGCUGUAAUGCAGACUUAUUUGUCUUAUCUUUAGUACAUUUAAAAACGUGCAUUGACAUACAUUAUGAAUUUAAUUUUUGUACGUCUCCGUAUGGAGCUGAAGUUCUGACCUCAUCAAUCUCUGCUACAUCGUCACACCAAGACACAGUCACAGCCUUUUAUGAAGUCUUGAAUGUACUGUUUUGUGUGUACAGGUGAGCUGUGGCAAAGUAUCAUGACUGCUGGCAAAAUAAGCUUAUACUGUGUCAUCAGCUGUGUUACUCUCUGAUCUUUAAUGUUGUAUUUUAUAGAUCAGCGGGAUUGUAGUUCUUUUGUUUUUCCACCAGUCUAGGCCUUCAUGUAAACUGUGAAGUAUUGAUAGUGUUCAUGUUUGCUGAGAAAAAGAACUUGAAUUCUGCUAUGCUGGAGUUUCUCUUUUACUGUAAGAUUUAUUUUCUGCAUUCAUUAGACUGAUCUCAUGGCUUCAACCCUUCAGAGGUACUGUUUUCGGCAGUGUUUGUCGUGCACAUACAGUUUGUCUUGAAGGUGAGAGCUGUCAGGUAAAGUAGUUCUAGUUCCGUUCAGGGAGUAAACAUUGUGUCAAGGAUUACAAACGGAAGCACACUGACAUUAUUUAUUUAUGCUGACAAAAUUAACACAUUUGGAAUAUUUGGAAUCAUAGGCUUCUCUACACAACCCUUCAUUUGUUGUGUCACAUACUGUAGAGUCAUAUGCACCGUUGAGUAUUUAGUGUUAGAAUACCGAUAUUGUAAUACAGGAUUGCCAUUGGGGCACCAAGGUUUUAUGUAAACCUCAUUUCAGCAUAAGAAGUGAAUCCAUGAACUGUAAAAUAUCAGUGUAUCUCAAAUAAAGUGAUGGUUUUAUGACUUCA